AUGACUGGGGCUGACCGUCAGUACACUCGACUACUAAGAGAGAAGAUACUUGAGACUCCUACCCAAGACCAGCCUCCCCGAACGCGUAUCAAGCGUAGACGUGUGAAUGAUGCGACGACUGAACAAUCACAGCCACAACCAUCAACACCCCCAAGAGUAUCGCCAUCUUCUUUUGCACCAUCACCUCCUCACAUCGACAGUUCAGACGAUUCAGACGAGUUUGAAGAUGUUGCAUUGGAUAAUGACACUGAUAGCGUGACCUACUCCUUGCCUGAGUUGCCACAACAAGCAGCCCCCGACCCGCGAACAGAAGUGCUUACCUUCUCAUUGGCUUCAGACCAAGACCAAGACUCUACUACCAGCAAUAGAUGUAAGAAAGUCAAACAACGGUUCCCUCCCAUAUCAAAGGAAGAACGCCAGGAACGCAAGUUGAUCCACCAAACGUAUUUGGUGGCCAUGAUUCUUCAUGGCCAUGUUCGGAACAAAUGGUGCAACAAUAAGCCAUUGCAACUGGAACUACGUAAGAGAAUCCCCAGAUCCAUUUUGAAUCUGCUAUAUCCAGAAACAGGGUCACAAUUGGCCGACAAAGCCGUCAAAGAUGUGGUAUAUUCCCGUCGAUUCCUUGAUGGUGUACGCGAUCUCAUGCUUUUCUACAAGAAACGGUUUAAAGUAUCUUCAAAGGGCAUAAUAUACAAGAAUUGGCAUGAAUUGAGCUUACGACAGCGAUACACGUUGAAGAAUGUUGAUUUCCCCAAGUUUAGUGGUCUUGUAGAGCGAAUGAAGGGCUCACGAGAUAUAGGAGCCCAAGGGUUUCUAUGUUUGGCAAGAGCUUUGGGCUUAACUGCUAGGUUGGUGUAUUCCAUCCAGGCCCCCGAUGUUACUCUGAUAGUGUCCAAGGAAAGUUUGAAAGCUUCAGACGACAAGACAACAGCUUCAGUUAUACCGGAACAGGCACCGGUACCGGCACAACCAAAAUCUAUGGCAUACUUCAACCGGAAAGAUAAAAUACUUGAAGAAAUUGGCCGCAAUUCCCAAGGUGGGUAUCAUCCUCCAAAUUCAGUUUUAUUUGAGGACUCCUCAUAUCCUAUAUUUUGGGUUGAAAUAUGGAACAAAUACACUAAGAAAUGGUUAAGUGUGGAUCCAAUAGUGUUAAAUAUUGUUGAGGUUAGUCCCAUGAGAAGACGAUCAAAGUUUGAAGUCCCUCUAAAGGAGACAAGAAACCAUUUAACUUAUGCUAUUGCUUAUGAUAACGAAGGAGGGAUCAUGGACGUCACCAGAAGGUAUUGUCAGUAUUUCAAUGCAAAAAAUGUCAAGAAAAGAAUUGAAUUUAAAUCUGAAGAGGAUGCUGAAUGGUAUAAACAUAUUAUAAAAUCACUCAACUCCCUGAAACGACAAGAUAAGCUUUCAGAUCUUGAUAUACUUGAACUAAAGGAGUUUAGAGAACGAGAUUUGGCUGAGGGAAUGCCACCAAAUGUUGCAGACUUCAAGAACCAUCCAAUUUAUGCAUUAGAACCUCAAUUGCGUCAGAAUGAAGUUAUUUAUCCCAAGGAUUCCACUAGUAGUUGUGGGAAAUAUCGAAUUCGUACUAAAGAAAGUGGUAGAAAUGUCGAGAAAGUUCUUACUGUGUACAAAAGAUCCCAUGUAUACGAUUUGAAAUCAGCUAAAGCAUGGUAUUUGAGAGGAAGAGUAUUAAAAAUAGGUGUUCAACCUUUAAAGAUAAAACAGAAGCCUGCAAACAAACUACAUGAAGACUUAGGCGGUGAUGAUGAUGACGGUGUCACGAGAUUAUACGCCCAUUUUCAAACUCAGCUCUUCAUUCCUCCGGCAGUCGUGAAUGGGAAAAUACCUAGAAAUGCCUAUGGAAACAUCGAUGUUUAUACUCCUUCAAUGGUGCCAGAGAACGGGUAUCUAGUCAGAGCGGAUGAUACUGGAUACACCGUUAAACAGAUGGUGGAAGCAGCCAGGAUUCUAGAGAUUGACUAUGCUAAAGCUGUUGUUAAUUUUGAUUUCAAGAAUCGAAAGAGUAACAAGAUGCCAACCAUUAAGGAAGGCGGUAUUGUAAUUGAUGUUCAGUUUAAGGAGGGUAUAUUGGCCGUUUUAGAGAAUAUCAAGGAACAAGAUGACGAAGCCAAACGCAAAUUGAUAGAGGAUAUUGCUCUUAAGAAUUGGAAGUUUUUUUUAACCAAACUCCGUAUCCAGUCUCGGUUAGAUAGAGAACAUGGCCGCAUAAAUGAGGAUGAGAGAAUAACCCCCGAUAUUAGUGGUAAAGAGGAAGAGGAGGAACAAGAAGAAGAAUUUGAGAAUGAAGGGGGUUUCAUGAUGGAGGACAAUCAACUGGAUGCUUAUAGCGUCCACAGUGAGAAUUCUGAAAGUGAUGAAGAAUGGAAGAAUGAAGAAACUACAGUAGUAAAAAAGAGAUAUAAUACUAGAAACAAUCGACAACGAUAUGUGGAGGAUAAUAGCGAUGACGAUGAUUCAGAUUAUUACGAUAGAAUGGCAGAAAUUAUACCACAAAUGGGUCACAAUUCAGGAAGUGGUUUACAAGUUAAUAUAAACUCGGUUGAUACCCCCGGAAAAGUUACAGAUUUAUCCGAUUCUGAGUUUGGUGACAACGAGGGGGGCUUUUUAAUAGAAUCAGAAGAAGAGAAAGAAGAAGAACUACAGUUAGUCCAGAGCAGCAACACCCCGAACAAUAUCAAAGAGUCAAGCAAUAGAAUCCCAUUGGAUAGCACAGUGUCAAGUGAUCCACCAAUCAUGGUCGACAAUGAGAAUGAGAGUCCAUCCAAUGACUCACCAUCACCAGAACCAAAGCGCAACAAUAAAGUAUACACGGAGUCAGAGCGCAAUUUGAAUUCAAAAGUUUCACAAGAGCCCCACACAUCUUUGUAUCCUGUCACUGAUCCGGUUGAAGUCAUUGACUUGGAUCUGGAUGAAGGGAACGGAGGUAGUGAAGGUAGUAUUGAGCCGGGUACGACCGAUGGAGCUGAUGAGAUAAUCCAAGUAGACUCGAGCCCUGAAGUGAUUUCAUUGGACGAAGAGGAAGAACUCACGUUACAGAAUGAAGAGCAAAUUUAUGACUUUGAGUACAGUGAGUCAGAGUAA